UCCCGACAAGGAAUGAGAGCGUGACAAGGAAGUCAGGUUGGACCACGCCAAGGUGGAACUUAGGUGGUGCUUUUUUGUGUGGUUGACAGGAAGCAACUUCAACUUCAUCUUCGAGACGGAGAAAAAAGUGACCCAUUUUUUUCAAUCCCCAUUUCGUUCCACCCGCUUGUAAAAAUGGUGCCGAACUAGAAAAAAAGCCCAGCAAAUCAUCCGCAGAAAGAUCAGAACAACUCCGCGAGGUCUGGGAAAUCCAUCUCCGGUUCCAAGUCUCUAGGUCUUCACGAAGCUCAGCCGAACCCAUUGAAGCAUGUCGUUGGCCGAUCCAGUAUUAUAUAGUUACGACGAGGACCCUUUGGGAGGAUUCGGUGGUAAUGAUGUUGAUGACUACGCGCUAUCCCUGGACAUGAACUAUUCGAAUGUGGAUGGGUCACUCAUGGGGAACCAUUCGUUGAAUUGCUCCCUGUGCUUAAAUGAGCUGUGCUUGAGUGCCGAGGACUACGCCAUCUACAAAAGCUGGGUGGGUGUGGAUACGUAUGAAAUGGUGCUCAUCUCCAUCAAUUUGAUCGUCUUCUUGACCGGCGUCAUUGGGAACUCGUUGGUGUUUAUUGCGGUCACCACCACGAAGUCCAUGCAGUCAGUCACGAACAUUUUCAUCGUCAAUUUGGCAUUAGCUGACGUUCUGGUGAUGCUCUUCUGUGCUCCACCCUCCAUCAUCUGGGACGUGACGAACACGUGGAUAUUCGGGUCUCUCAUGUGCCGGAUCGUUAUCUAUAUUCAGGAUACCUCUGUUUCCGUGUCCGUUUUGACGUUGACCUUCAUAGCGUACGAUCGCUACCACGCCAUCUGUCGGCCAUUGCAGUUCUCCUCGAAAAAGACCAAAGCGGCUGGAGUGAUUGCGGGCAUCUGGGGAAUUUCGUGUAUGAUUGGCAUCCCCAAUGCGGUGACGCUCCAUUUGGUCUCGCCGUUCAAGGACCUUCCAUGUCGUGAUGAAGAUGUGUUGUUCGAUCUUUCAACCUGUCGGCCAUCUUGGAACGAGGAGUUUGAUGUCACUUUCAUCAUCUUGAAGGCCAUUCUUUUAUACAGCCUUCCUCUGUCUUUCAUGUCGGUAGCAUAUUAUUACAUAUGCAAGACACUUUGGAGACGAAAUAACAUUCCAGGAACGCAAGAAACGCCCACGGAGGGCCACAGCAGUCAUAUCAAUGGGAGCACGUCCAGCUCAGUCAAUCUUCUGACCAGAACCCAUUUUGCAUUCAGGUCUGCCACGGUCCGGCUUUCCACGAAUUCAAACUCGACAGGUGGGAACCCUUCCAUGAUUGCCGCACCCGAGACUCGACUCCAUCAUUGUACCAACCGAACCUUGGACAAUCAACUCAAGACCAGGCGGAAAGUGGCCAAGAUGUUGAUUGUGGUCGUCGUCAUGUUCAGUCUCAACAUGUUUCCCGUCCACAUGCUACCCAUCGUUAACUAUUUCGUGGACAAAAACAUGACCCAGGACAGUGAGGCCCACGAGAGAGUGACUCAGGUUCUCAUGGCAGCAGGAAUUGUCACACAUUGCAUGUGCUACUUCAAUUCCGCCAUUAACCCCAUCAUUUACUACUUCAUGUCCGCCCAAUUCAAGGCUCAAUAUCGCCGGAUCUUAUCUUGCCGAUGCACGGCCGAUUCACCCAGUCCCAAAACUAAUCACCGCAAUCUUCUUCACCAACAAGACGGAGGGUCGAACGGCAAUAAUUGCCGCAGAGCGGGUUCUAGUCGAACGGAAGACCUGCCCAGCCGCCACCUUCGAUCUCGUUCCUGCCUAUCCGGCCCGACCAGAAUAAUGAAAGGGGAGAGCAGUUCGAACAAUGUGGGCGCGGGAAAUUUGUACGGAUCGUCCACCCGGCGAGUCCUGAGGCACCCUAAUUUCGGAGCCGAGCUCCAGAUUCCCCGACCUAACGAUAAUAUGUGCUGAUGAUUUAUGUACUUGACGAUGAUUUGUAUGGUGCCAAAAGCGAUCAAUAUAAAAACAUAUUAUUCUGUUCAA